GUUUGUCUCAUUUGUUUUGACGUUUUUGGUGUACCUAUAAUUCCAACAACUAAUUUUUGAUUAGCUAGUAGAUUUGCUUUUCAAGAUUUAUUUCUGCAUUAAGAUUAACACCAGACAAGAAAUUAUGUGUAUUUAGCUCUAGUAUCCAAGUUAACGGUUUAUAAUAAUCCAUUUAUUGGAAAUUAAUACAGGAGACAAUAAUGGCAGAUAAUCUUGUGCUAGAUUGGCUCGACGAAUUUGAGGCUUUAACUGAAAGUGAAAUACAUACGUAUUCCAGUGAACAAGAGAAUAAUCAUGAGGUGAUGAUAGCACUCUAUAAUGUUUUAUCCGAACCCCAAAAGUAUAAAUCAGACCAUUUAAUCGACGGAAUUUGUCAACAAUUGUUGAAUUUCUAUAGGUCUGGAGAAGCACACUUAAAAAGGUUCACUAUUCAGUUCAUUCCAACUCUUGUGUUUUUGCAUCUUUCUGAUAAAUCUUAUUCUGCUGUCCAGACUUUGCUAGUGAGUUUGUACAACCUUGAGGUUAUAGAUACAAAAGGUCAGCCUCGCACACUCUCUUUUAGAAUACCUAGUAUUGCUCAGUCUUCGAUCUUCCAUGACUCUAGUAUUUUAGAACCGGCCUUUAUAGCUGAAAAUUCCUUAAGACGAUGGGAGGAAUGCAAUACAAAAUUAGUUAGUUGGGGGCCUUUGCCACAAGUUGAAUGUCUUAAUGCUCAGAAUAGACAGAGAGUUGUUACAGCUUUAAUAUUUCUUUAUAAUCAACAAAUAGCAAAUGUUAUUGUGCAAGGAAUAGAGCAGACUUGUAAAGGAAUUUCUAGAUUAGUCACCCAAGGUUUUAACACCAAUUCAGAUAGCAAUAGAAGUUCAGUCAGUGAUAAUAGUAUUCAGAAUAUGUUAAGGCCGAGGAUAUCUGUUUCGAGUCCUUUAUUAAUUGAACUACUUCACAUAGUCUACCACAGUGCUGAAAGGUGUGCUGUCGGAGCCAUCCAGGCGCUCCAUGACAUAAUACAUCGGGCGAAAUAUGAAUCAUAUGCAGAAGUUCUACUGGCUGCCAAUGCAAUUAAAAACUUACUACAGCACUCUACUUCGGUGAAUAGUGUAGUACCGAGACCUUCUCAUACCCAUAGCAUAUCCAAAUCUAUGAUAACAAAUGCGUCUUUCAGAACGAAGAAACUUCCAGAUGACAUUCCCAUCCAAGAUCCCAACCAACCGUUGUCUGGCGAGGCAGCGCUAGAUUCCAUUACGGAAGAGCAAGAAGACACUGAAAAGACGAAAAGCAGAAGUUCGGUCAGCGCGUUGAAGCAUCUACCGAAAAUACCCGGUAUCGGUAAGAAGCACAAGACGAAAAACAACCCGCAGGGGGAUCAUAUGAUGGACAUGUCGGGUUCGAGCGACGCCGCGAACGAAUCGCUGACGAACGAUUCGAAUCACACCACCGUGCACGUUAGCGCCGUUUAAUGACCCAACGGAAAACUAUAGGAAUAAAUUAGUCCAAUACUAUUUUAGAUCGGAAGGAAGUUAGUUUCGGGAUGUAUGGUGAAGGAUUACUUUUCAACUAUGAAUAAUAUCUGAGGUAUUUAAAAGAGCAU